UGGUAACCGCCGCAGCAGACACAUGGAGGGGUUGGGACCCAGCGGCAGCCACUCGGGGCAGACGGGCACUGGGGAUAAAUAUUCAUCCGCACUUAUCACAUCAAUCAGGAUUAAAGCCCUUAAAAGCCUCCCCUCUAAAUUCACGCAGGUCCUUUCACUAGUGGAGGCAGCAGCAGCAGCAGCAGCAGCAGCAGCAGCAGCAGUAGUAGUAGUAGCAACAGUAACAGUAGUGAGUCCGGGGCAGAGGCUCCGUAAUAAAAGGCAGCUCCACUCAGCAGCACAGCAGCAGAGCCAGAGCCAGGACCAGGACGUACAGCACACCACACCACACCAGACCAGGCAGCGUCUCUUGUCGACUUCAUACGUCUCCGCUCCACAGGCUGUGUGUGACAGACGUCAUGAGUGAUCGCUCCCACAUUUGCACGUCCUGCUCGCAUGUCAACCACCAUGUCGGAGCUCUCUGAAGUCACAAGUUUGGGCUCUGCUGCGUUCUCGGCAGCGGACUGACUCCGGGCUGCACGUGAGCGUCCGUGUGCAUGCGGCUAACGCUGCAGGAGCGCAGAUCGUGGGUGUUUUGUGCAGACGGCUCGGUUGUGGUUGUGUGUGUGUGUCUCUGUCUGCACGUUAACACACUGUCAACAUUACGAGGCCACUUUCUCGACUGCUGAGCCCGUGUGAGCGCUCUCACCCCCCGACAUGGAGCUGAAGAGUGCGUGUCGCGUCUUCCUCUUCCCGGUUCAGAUGUUGUAUUACGUCGUCAGAGCAAGUUUGUUUUCGCUGUUACCCAGCAGAAAGAAGGACCUGAGCAGGGAGGUGGUGUUGAUCACCGGCGGGGGACGAGGCAUAGGGCGUCAUCUGGCCAAAGAGUUUGCCAAGCAGGGAGCCAGAAAGGUGAUCUUGUGGGGAAGGACAGAAAAAUGCCUCAAAGAAACAACUGAAGAGAUUUCUCUCUCAGGAACCGAGUGCCAUUACUUUGUGUGUGACGUGGCCAAUCGAGAGGAAGUUUACAAGCAAGCCAAGGUGGUUAGGGAAAAGGUGGGAGAUGUUACGAUAUUAGUGAACAACGCAGCUGUGGUCCAUGGCAAAAGUCUGAUGGACAGUGACGACGACGCCCUUUUAAAAUCCCAACAUAUCAACACCUUGGGACAGUUCUGGACUACAAAGGCUUUUCUGCCUCGAAUGCUGGAGCUGCAGCACGGUCACGUCGUCUGCAUAAACUCCAUACUGUCCCAGUCUCCAAUUCCUGGGGCAAUAGAUUAUUGCACCUCUAAGGCCUCGUCGCUGGCCUUCAUGGAAAGCCUGACACUGGGCCUGCUGGACUGUCCUGGUGUCGGCUGCACCACGGUGCUGCCCUUCCACACUAACACAGAGAUGUUCCAGGGCAUGAGAGUCAGGUUUCCUCAGCUUUUUCCUCCCCUCAAACCUGAAGUCGUUGCUCAAAGGACUGUUGAUGCUGUCCGAGCCGACAAGGCCUUCCUGUACCUGCCCUGGAUGAUGCACGUCCUAGUCUUUUUAAAAAGCUUCAUGCCACAAUCCGCCCUGGAGGAAAUCCAAAGGUUUUCUGGGACUUAUACCUGCAUGAACACAUUCAAAGGACGGACAUGAGGCAGACAUUUAUGACAUUUUGGAGCAACCUCUGCAGCCGAAAGGAGGGCAAUAUGGACCUUAGAGACAAAUGGACACAGAGGACGCCCCAUAUUAGUCUGAAGGCAAAAUGUUAAGGUGGCAUUCACAAGUGGGUGGAGAAUUUGUGGUGCAGGUAGAACUUGCUCAUGCACCGCAGAGGAACCCCGCUUAUCUUGUUUUUACACAUUAGUGAAUUUCCUUAUAGUGAGGAUGACCUAAUGCCAUUCUCACAUCCAACGAAAAAGCCAUGCAUAGCUCUAGUUAUUCUGGGAGUUUUUCUUGUGACAGUUUUAGUUUGUUUUUACAAUUUAUCUUUUUUUUUUUUUAUCUGCAUUUUUAAAGUUUCUUUAAAACAAUGACGUAAUAAAGUGGAGUUUUACCAACAAGGUGUGUUUUUGUGCAUG